UUUUUUGAUGGAAACAUCACACAAAGUUCGAGUUAAAGCGGCUCGAUUAUCCCACAAAAUAGUGACUACUGAAGGUGGUGAAACCCAAAUCGAAGUCAUCCCUUGCAAAGUUUGUGGUGACAAAUCUUCUGGUGUGCAUUAUGGUGGUUUCUUCCGCCGUUCCCAACAAAAUACGACAAAUUAUCAGUGUGCCCGACAACGUAAUUGUAUUGUCGACAGAGUUAACCGUAACAGAUGCCAGUAUUGUCGAUUGAAGAAAUGUAUAGAAUUGGGAAUGAGUAAAGAUGCUGUUAAAUUUGGAAGAAUGAGUAAAAAACAGAGGGAAAGAGUUGAAGAUGAGUACCGAAUCGUGACACAAAGAAGUGGAGAGUUUUCUCCUUCUUCCUCAGCACCGAAUUCGAUAUCUUCGUCUCCAGUAAUUCCUCAGGCUGCAAGUGCACCCCCGUAUGCUGCAGCACAUCAACAUUUUAUCUCAUCCCUGCCAACUAGUGGAGGGGAAUUUAAGGCUUUUUCUCCAAAUGGAGGAGUCAUUUCCUCAUCAUCAACAUCUUCCUCAGCUGCUUAUUUUACUCCAAAUAAUAUUUAUGGUCAUCCAACAACACUAUGUCAUGGAGGGGAACCUCUAAAUACUUCCCAUUCAUUCAUUGACCAACAACAAAUGUCUUCACACUUUUUGCCUCACAACAAUUUAUUAAAUCAACCAACAUGUUCAUCUACAUAUACACAACAACCUCCACAUGGACUUGCCCCGAUAUCCCCCUCAUGGGCCCCCCAACCUUUUGGGCAACAUCCACACUUGAUUGCGCACCCUGGGGCUGUUCCGUCUAGCAGUGGUGGUUAUCCUCCACUGUCAGAGCCACUCUCUCUCAUUCAACAAGGCCAUAGCACAGUUUCUUCAACUGUGGAUGACGAUCUGAUAAAAAAUGUUAGUAGAGCAUAUGAAGCAGCACAUCCACAAAGCAUUAAUAACAAUCAUUUGGGAGCUUCUUUUGAUUCGUUAAUUGACACGCAACAAGUGGCGCGACUUAAAAAUAUGAACCGAACAGAAGGAUGGCUGAAAUUUGCAAAUGAAUUAAGCUCUUUAAUUAAAUGUAUUAUUGAAUUUGCAAAGGCCGUUAAAGGAUUCGAAAAAUUGGAACAAGACGAUAAAAUACUGGCACUGAAACAGACUACUUUUGAUCUGUCUAUUAUUGCUAUGGCACAGCACUACCGUGUCGGAACAGAAACCCUCCAUAUCGACAACCUCAUCUUCCCAGUCCGCGAAUUCAAAUGUUCCGACCCGACAGACGAAGCUUUUGGACGUGAAAUAAUAAAAGCUUUGGAAUGUCUCGGCCAAUUUAAAUUAACAACAACAGAAACCGCUCUCUUAUCUGCCUAUGUUUUGCUAGAACAAUCCAAUGGAACUGAAGACUUUGUUGCCCAAAUAAAAAAUUGUUUGAGUGCCCAAUUGCAUUCCCGUCUGUCUUCUGAUGUUGACAAUUUUUUGAAUGAUUUGAUGGGCUUUUUGCCGAAAAUUCGGUCUUUGGCUAUGUUGCAUUUACAGUGUUUUGGACGUUUUAAGAGACAAGUUAUGCAGUUGAUGGAAGUUAAAAUGGAAAUGGAUGAUAAUGAUGAAUAUGUGGAAAAUGGGCAACAGAGGAAUAAUGUAAUUAUUUUUAGAGGGGACAUUUUGUCGAAGGACUUUUCGUCGAUAGAAAUUUAACAGACAUACU